AUGACAGAAAAAAAGUCUUCUUGGAUUCCUAUUGAAUGUAACCCUUCUAUACUUACAGAAUAUCUUUGGGAGUUGGGAAUAAAUAAAAAUUUAGGAUUUCAUGAUGUUUAUUCCCUAGAUAAUGAAGAUAUUCUUUCUGUUAUUCCAAGACCUGUUUAUUCUCUUCUUUUUGUUUUUCCUAUGAUAAUUUCAAAUGAAGAUAAAGAUUUCAAAAAAUCAGGUGCAACAUUGAUUAAAAAUGAUCAAAAUAUUCUUUGGUAUAAACAAACCAUUAAAAAUUCAUGUGGAACAAUUGCUUUGCUUCAUGCUUCAACCAAUGGUGGUGCUAGGGAUUUUAUACUUCCUGAUAGUUUACUUCAAAAUAUAUUAAACGAAACAGAAAAUUUAAACAUAGAUUCUCGUUCAAAGUUUAUUGAAUCUUUUUCACAACUUAAAAUUAUUCAUACCAGUAAGAAUAACAUAUUUGCAUUUUAUAAUUUCUCAAAAGUAGAAUUUGCUUCUCAAGGAAAAACUUCCCCAAAUUUAUACGAGAAUACUAUUUUUCAUUAUAUUUGUUUUGUAAAAUCAUCUAAAAAUGGUCAUCUUUAUGAACUUGACGGUCGUAAUCCUUUAGGACCUAUUGAUCAUGGUAUUUUAAAUGAGGAUUUAUUAGGAAAUCAAACUAUACAAAUUAUUAAAAAAUAUAUUUAUGAAAGAAAAAAAGAUAUUCAAUUUAGUUUAUGUGCUCUUGCACCUGUAUUUCAUUAA